AUGGUGAAGCUGGCGACGGCGAGGGAGGCGCGGCUGUACGGGCCGGCGCUGGCGGUGCGGCGGUGGGAGUACAUCAACGCCGGCGCGUACAUGUUCGGGACCCUGCUCCUGGCCACGGGGCUCGCGGCGCUGUGCGCGUCCGAGGGCGGCGCCGGCGCCACGGACGCGGGACUCGCCGUGGCCGCCGUGGCGCUGGCGGUGGUGGCGGCCGUGAACGCGCACGACCUGGGCGCGCACCUCGCCGGCGUGGACUGCCGCGUCGGGCUCGCCCGGUUCGACCCCCAGCUCGGCCUCGUCGAGCUCCUCGCGCCCGCGCUCCACGCCGCCGGCUGCGUCCUCGCCAUCGUCGGCCUCGCGCUGCAGCUCUUCUCCCAGGGCGAGAAGCUGGAGAGGCGCGCGGCCGACGCGCUGCUGGCGGGCGCGGUGCUCUGGCUGCUGGGCUCCGUGCUCAGCUCAUGUCAGGUGUACGAGCGCGCUGACGGCCGCGCGCAGCUGCUGCAGUCCAGCGUGCAGGUGCCCGUCCUCCUCGGCAGCCUGCUCUUCCUCGUCGCCGCCGCCCUCCACCGCCGCCGUGAGCCCACCCUGGCAGGCAAGGGCGAAAGCCAGAGCGAGAGCGAGGGGUGGAUUAGCCUGUGCGGGAGCGUGCUGUGGGUGGCGGGUGCACUGUUCAACGUGCUGAAAGUGUUUGUCAUGCACCAGAGCGACGCGCCGCGGCUCGAGAAGCUCCGCGGCGGCGCGCAGGAGCGGCUCGCCCGGGACCGCGAGGGCCGCGUGCCGCUGGUCUGGAGGUCGGCGGCGCCGCCGACCGAGCUGCGCUGA